GCAUAUUCGUGCUAAAAAUACCGAGUCACGAAAUGGCCCGACUGUCGCCGAGGAUCAAGUCGUCUGCGCAUGGGAAUCGCCAUUUGGCCCUUCCAGUCGACCCCAAAUAUCCGUCGACCGUAGCCGCUACCACAGUAGUCAGAGCUGCUUCGCGCACCUCGUUUGCUCGGUCUCCCCGGGCGUCGUUCAUCUCAACUUCGACGACUGCGAACGUUGUGUCCAAAAUGCCCGACGCGAUUUCCCAGGACGAGUACUUUCGAUUGCUCAAGAAGACGGACGUCCUUGGCCACUUGCUACGCGUGAAUGACAACUUGCUGGAAGCCGAAGGCUUGCUGGAGGUAGCCGAAGUGGACAACUCCAAGCUCGACGCGAUGAACAAGCACAUCUUGGUCGAGCUCGAGAUGUUCAAGGGGAAAUACUACGAAACCCAAAGGCUGUUCAAGGAGCACAUUGAGCAGCUCACAUGGCUGUGCUUGCGUGAAGAAGCACUGCAAAAGGGCCAUCCUGACGCCGCAGCAGAUCAAGUCGCCGAUAAACUCAGGGACAUUCGAAUGAUGGAGGACUUGCACAAGGCAUGCGCGUCAUCCAGACUGGUGUCGGCAACCGAUGAUACCCAGUCUCGGGCCCUCGUCGUGGUGGCCCACCAGCGUGUGGAAGAACUCAGGGGGUGGUGCAGGUUGCACCGCCGUGACCUGCUUGAUGCCGAGAGUGUAGUUGCUGAGGAAAAGGCCAAAGAGACUUCGAUUCAAGUGACUGAAGUCCAGUACGCGGAAUCGGUCGAAUCCGCGCUGAAACACGUCCAAGUCGAAAAGGACCAACUUCUCGAACGCAUGCAGCUGACCGACAAACAAAACGCAGCGCUGCAUGACGAAAUAGCCACGUUGAAACUCAAGCUCGAGGCGCACAAACAGCAACAGCGCCAAGACCGGGCAGCCAUGCAAGCUCAGCAAUCGAGCGUUGCGUCGCUGCUGCAAAACGUCAAGAAUGACAUCAAGAAGCGCUAUGGGUUUGUCCCACCAGUGCUGGAUGCAUAUGCACUCCAGAGCAUGCCACCGCCGCCGCCCAACGUUUCGAUGUUGACAGCACACAUGACUUGAUCGGAUUUGGAAUUCCUGACGAAACUAUGGUGGGAAUACCACCGGAUAGUGUAAUAUUCGAUCGUCGCUUUCACCACCCAAA